CAACACCUCUAAGCGUCAAGACUCAUCACACGUGCCUCUUUGUCGUCGUACUCAAGGAUGUGGCGCUUGACGGCGACGUUGCUGGCGCUGGCUCUGGCUUCGGCCGAACCCCAGGGAGGUUACUUGCCUCCGCCGCCAACGAACCCCACCUGCCCUGUAUUCACCUCAGUGGUCUACGACGCCCAGAUUCAAACCUCUGUCAACGUCCAGGUUGUCAACCAAGCCAACACCCAGUAUAUUACCACUACAGUGGUUAGCCAACAGAUCAUACCAACCACCUUCAUCAGAACUCGAUACUUUACUAAUACUCAGUUCCAGACAAGUAUUAUCCAACAGACAACCACAGUUUUCGACAACAGGGUUGCGACACAAACCAUCCCGGGUCAGGCAGUCCAGCAGACACGCUACGUCACUUCCACUCGCGUCGUCCCCCAAGUCAGCUACGUCACUCAGACUGUGACGCAGACUCAGGCGGUGCCGGUGGAAGUCACUCGCACGCAGGUGCAGACCAUCAACAGACCCUUCACGGAGCUUCUGACGCAGACGACCCGCGAAACCCGUUUCGUGACGGUACCAGGACGUGACGUGAUCCGAACCCGCGUCCAAACCCGCCUGCUGACCUCCGUUAUCAGGCAGCAGCAGCAGGGCAACACCCGCUACGUCACCUCGACCCGCAUCCAGCAGGAGGUGCAGACCCGCUUUGUCCCGGGCCAGAAUGUGGUGAGCACGACGGUGGUGCGUCGCGAGCAGAUCGUCCCGUACACAGACGUGACCACGCGCUUCUCGAACGCCGUCGUCACCCGAGAGCAGGUCGUCACGCAAACCAACUACGCCACGCAGACCCGCGUCCAGACCCAGGUGGUGCCCCAGGAGGUCGUUCGCACACAGGUGGUCCCGACCACCAUCUUCACCACGCGCUUCGAAACCCGGUUCCAGCCCUUCACGCAGGUGCAGACGGUGACGAGCACCGACUUCAGAACAGGUCCCGCGGUGGUGCAGACCCGCGAACAGACCCGGACGUCCGUGAUUCAGGCUCCGGGUCAGGACCAGGUCAUUACCAGCGAGGUCGUCCAGACUUCUGUGCGACAGCAGGUCAUAUUCCAGACGGUCGGCAACCCGCAGCAGGCGACUGUCACAAGAACAGUGACCGCUUCCUGUGGCCAGACUGGAGGAGGAGUUGGCGGAUCAGGUGGAGGUGGAUUUGGUGGAGAGGUGGAAGCGGAUUUGGUGGAUCAAGCGGAAGUGGAUUCGGUGGAGUAG